UCACAUGAAGAGACCAUGUUUAAAGAUGUUGUUUACUGGCGUGUGCCUUGGAAUUACAGGAAUUCUGGUUUUAUGGGCUAACGUGGAAAGUAAAGAAGAGAAACAUCUUCCAACCAGCUUUUUGUCACAACACUUUGCAAAACUUUACAAUUCCAGAAACUCAUCCACCACUCCUGCAGAUGUUCUGCUAGAAAUCAGUAUUGAAGACUCAGAGUCAAGUUCAAGUUUAUUUUACUCUGAAUUUGGAAUCAGUUUAGAAAGUUACUCCAGUUUACAGCAAACUCUUUACUGGGCUGGACCAGACAGAUCAAUCACAAAUGUGUCUAUGAGUACAAGUCCAGAUCACUCCACUUUCAUCAUUCAGAACCUGAAAGACAGCUACCAAAUAGGGGAGGAGCUUUUGGUUACUAUCCAUGCCAGCGACUUUAACAAUAAAUCUAAACGUUAUGGAGGGGAUUUCUUUCAAGCAAAGCUUUUCUCAUCCGAAAGUCCCCAAAAGGCCAGUGUGUUUGGGGAGGUGGUGGAUUUACUCAACGGAUCCUACUCUGUGCGUUUUCUUCUGUCGUGGGUUGGAGAGGCACAGGUGGCUGUGCGUCUGAUCCACUCCAGUGAAGCCGUGCAGGUCCUCAAGCAUCACAGAGACACUGACUCUGACAGAGUUUUCUUUAAUGGAUAUUUUGAAGGACCAGGACCAAUUGGGACCAGGUUGAAAGAAACAGUGAAGUGUAAUGUGAAGUGGGACAAGAAUGGACUGGAGAGGAUGGGGACCGGAGAUUGUUGCUGUGAUUACAAAGAUUCUCACAGUGGAGAAGAAUGGCGCUGUCAGAGACCCAAAUCACUGCCAUGCAGCGCUCGCGUGUAUCACUCUAUGGGCGGGUAUAACAACCGUGUGACUGUCAAUGAAGCAAUGUUUAUGAAGCAAACCAACAAAGUCAUCAAUGGACAAAGAACAACAAUCAAGAUUUUUCCUUCCAAUGGAACAGUGGGAAUUGAUGUAACACUGAAAUGUCAUCCUGGUUUGCACUCACCAGUUCCAGCUGGGUUUUACCUCAACGAUGUCUGGACGUCCUUUGUGUGUAGCACCCGUCAUUUUAAUACCCAAACAACAACACAGUGCCUGAAAGACAAACACAUCUACAUGAUGGGAGACUCUACCAUGAGACAGUGGUUUGAGUUCUUUAUGAAAGCAGUACCAACUUUAAAGCAGAUGAACCUGCAUGUAGAAUAUCACGGAGGUCCACUUAUAGCAGUGGAUGUGGAUAACAACAUUGACUUACACUGGAGGUCUCACGGUCUUCCUCUGCGCUGGCUGAAAACUGAAGUUUCUAAUCUGCACUACGUCAGUAAUGAGAUUGAUGAUCUGACUGGAGGACCUCACACAGUUAUUGUCUUUAAUCUGGGACCACACUUCACAACAUAUCCUCUGGAUUUCUUCACCAACAGAGUGUUAAAGAUCCGCAAGGCAGUGCUAGAUUUGUUACAACGGGCACCAGACACUACCGUUAUAAUCAAGACCGUAAAUACCGGCUAUAAGGAUGUGUUCGGCAGUGACUGGUAUUCUUUGCAGUUGGACAGAAUUCUACGGUGGGCUUUUCAGGAUGUUGGUGUUUAUAUUUUGGAUGUUUGGCAAAUGACAGCCUGUCAUUACAACAUAGAGAACAUUCAUCCAGCUCCCGUCAUUAUCAAAAAUGAAAUGGACAUAUUUCUUUCUUUCAUUUGCCCUGAAUGAUUUUGUCAGAAGCAAUAAGGAGGUUAAAGCAUCAGUCAUGUUUUUCCAUGCACUGUUUUUAUUUUAUUGAUUUAUAUAUUUAAUAUGUUAAACAUGGUAAUGUGUUUUUCAAAAACAUGAGAAAUAGUGGCAUAAACUGCUGAGGGUUGCAGAUUAAACUGAUUGGAAUAUUAUGCAAAUACAGUGAAUUACAGUAAAGUAGUUUAUCCUACACUCAUAGACUUAACUGUAAUUUCUACAGUUACUUACCACAAAAUGCCCAGUAAAAUACCAUCAUUUUCUUUUCCAGUUCAUUUCUGUAAUAUGCAUUGCAUUAUGGGUAUUAACAUUUAAUUUACAGUGAUUUACUGUAUGUUUUGAAUGUGCGGUAGACUGCUGUACAACAACAGCAGAAGUGCUACUGUAGUUGAAUAAAACAGUGUUAUAAAAGC